AUGGCAAGUCAAAGAAGGCGAAGUACUGGCGGCAAAAGACCACGGAGGGUAUAUCCUGGCCACCGCCAAUUCAACGACUACACCGGCCGCUCCUAUGAUGUUAUCACGGCUUGGGAAUAUGGCCCGAACACAAAAAUACCCAAACUGAGCAUCCAACUUUAUCGCCUAGGCCAUCCAAAGUCCACCCCUUUUGAGAUGGGUCUGGCCCUUCUACAAUCUGAUGCGAUCACAGGUUGGGGCAACGCGCGCAACUGGUGGCCACGUUGCGAUGUAUAUACUGGCUUCAAGAACGUAGAGGAAUGCGUGGAACAUCAUCGCCAAGAGAAAGUCUACCGCAGAAAAGCUGUAGAAGAGAUGAGGCAAAAAGCUGUGGUUGGUCUUUCGGAAGAAGAUGCACAUGAGAAGCUGGUCACAAAAAUCCAGGGCUAUGAGCCUCUGCCGCAUAUCGUGCCGUCUUGGUGCAAAUCAGCAAAGUUUGUCAACAGCUGGGACACGGAUAGAUACAAGAGUUGGAUCUUUGUCAUCCCUGAAGACCUUCAUUCAUGGGAGGAUGUCAUCGACAAGGGCCUGCUCCAAGUCAAGUUUGAUCUCGACGUCUCACCUGAAAUGUUUACCGAGUCUUGGGAUGACUUUGAAGAGUCCACCUUGGGGAAGGACGGCUGGGUCGAUGUAAGCAAAUCAGGCAUGGACAAAUGCAAGCCAGUUGAGAUCCUCCAUCUAUGCGCAAGCUACGAACGGAAGAAAGGUUACUUCGAACCUGACCCGGAGGAAACCCCUGGAAGCGACAAGAAACUGUUUGACGCAUGGAUUGAUGCGACGAUGCACUUGAGAGACUGCACUUACAGGACCCAGGAGUGCGAGGAGUGUGAGGAGAACGAACCGCAUGAAUGGUGUGAGAAGGAGAGAGAUGAACAUUACUUUGACGAGGAGGGGCAGUGCAUCGCCUGUCGGAGGGAGUCGGAGUAA